CCUGCCCAGCCGAGCCCAGCCCAGCCGAGCCCAGCCGAGCGGAGCGGAGCGGAGCUGGGAGCUGUGCGGGACGCCAGCCGGACUCGGCGAGAGGGAGGGCGCCCGCCCGCCCGCCCGCCCGCCGCCCCGCCGCGCUGCUGCCGGGCGCCGCUUUCCGCGGAGGACUGCGCGGCCGAUCCGCGAGACGGAGGCUGUCCGCCGCCCCGACAUGGCGACCGCAAGGCAAGUGCUUUGUCUCUCUGCUUUCCUCUCCCUGCCGCACGCUGGCUCGCAGCCCAUCCGCUACUCCGUAGCCGAGGAGGCGGAGAGCGGCUCCGUGGUAGCCAACGUGGCGGCGGACGCGGGGCUGACCCCGGCGCAGCUCGCGGACCGCCGCGCCCGCCUGGCCUCGGAGGACGGCCGGCAGCACUUUCGCUUAGACCGCGGCACCGGCCGCCUCGUAGUGGCGGACAGGCUGGACCGGGAGGAGCUGUGCGGACAGUCCCGUACCUGCACGCUCCCCUUCGAGCUCCUGCUCGCAAACCCCCUGCAGUUCUUUCGGGUCGAGGUGGCGGUGGAGGACAUCAAUGACCAUUCGCCCGUUUUCCCGGAGGAACGAGUCACUUUUAAGAUCCCGGAAACGAGCGACCCGGGCUCGCGUUUCCCGCUGGAGGGAGCUUGGGACCUCGAUGUUGGCAGCAACAGCAUCCAGGCUUACAGUAUCGCUCCCGAGAACGAAUACUUUAGUGUCUCUUUUGGCAAUGAGAGUGAGGAUGCCAAACAAUUUGAAUUGGUCUUGGAAAAGCCCCUAGACAGAGAGGAGCAGGUGGAGUUGUAUUUCAGUGUCAUCGCCAUAGACGGCGGCUCUCCGCCCAGGACUGGGACCACCCAAAUCCACAUUAUCGUUCUAGAUGUAAAUGACAAUGCUCCCGUCUUCAACCGGAAAUUAUACAUUGGUCAGGUUUUGGAAAAUGCCCCAGAGGGCUCUGUGGUUCUCAGCGUGGUGGCAACUGAUCGGGAUGAGGGAGUUAACGGGGACAUCUCCUAUCAGUUCAUCCAAGCAGUGGGCCAGAGCGACUCAGCGUUCAAAAUUGACCCCACAAGUGGUGAAAUUAAACUGAGAAGGGCUCUGGACUUUGAGGCGGCAGAGAAUCACGAGCUCAGCGUGCGGGCCACAGACGGCGGGGGCCUCUCGGCAAUCUGCAAGGUGUUGGUGGAGGUGGUGGAUGUGAAUGACAAUGCACCGGAGCUGGUGGUCAGUUCCUUCAGCAGCCCCCUCCCUGAGAAUGCAUUACCCGGGACAGUGGUCGCCCUCUUUGCUGUCAGGGACCGGGAUGCUGGUGCCAAUGGGAAGAUCACGUGUGCCCUUGAAGACCAGCUGUCAUUCUCCUUGCGGCCAGCCUAUAAGAAUUACUACGAGCUGGUGACUGUGAGCACGCUGGACCGGGAGGAGACGGCUCGGUACAUUCUCACCGUCACAGCAGCAGAUGCGGGGUCACCUCCUCUCACGACCACCCAGACCUUCACGGUGGACAUCUCCGACGUCAACGACAACGCCCCUGUCUUCAACCAGACAUCGUACACCAUGUUUGUGCGUGAGAACAACGUCCCCACAGUGCUCGUUGGAGCCGUCAGUGCCGCCGAUGCCGACGUGGGGCCCAAUGCCAAGGUGGCCUACUCCCUGGCACCAGCCCACCCUGCAGAGCAGGCUCCCUGCUCCUGCAUCUCUGUGAACUCUGAGAACGGGCACGUGUUUGUGCUGCAGCCUCUGGACUAUGAGCACGUGAGGCAGAUCAAGGUCUUGGUGAGCGCCUCCGAUGCGGGGUCUCCUCCUCUCAGUGCCAACGUCACCGUCCGCCUUGUUGUGGUGGAUGAGAAUGACAACGCGCCACUGGUGCUGCACCCAGCCCAGGGCAGCAGCCCGCCAUCCAGUGAGCUGGUGCCCAUGUCGGCCGAGGCGGGGUACCUCAUCACCAAAGUGGUGGCCGUCGAUGCCGACUCAGGGCAGAACUCGUGGCUCUCGUACCACCUGCUGAGGGCCUCCGACCCUGGGCUCUUUGCAGUGGGCGCCCAAAGCGGGGAGGUGCGGCUGAGGAGGCCGGUGACAGAGAGGGACGCCGUGAAGCAGAAGCUCGUUGUGCUCGUGCGCGACAACGGGCAGCCACCUCUGUCGGCCACUGCGGCGCUGAGCGCACUCCUGCUCAAGGACUUCUCUGACAUGCGCCUACCACACAGCAGCCUGGCCACAGAGGACGAGAGUGGCUCCCUGACAACCUAUCUAAUCAUUUCAUUGGUCUUCGUCUCACUCCUCUUCCUCGCAUCCACGGCAGCCUUUGUCGCUCGCAAGCUGUGCAAGAGAAAGGAGCUGAAGGGUGGGCACGUGCUUUAUGGUGCCGGCAACUUGCAGAGCAGCCUGGCUGAUGCAGCUGCUGCAGGGACCCUGCCCCACGCCUACUGCUAUGAGAUCAGCCUCACCACGGGCUCGGGCAACAGCGAGUUCAAGUUCCUGAAGCCCGUCCUCCCCAGCCUGCCACCACAGCACUGUGGCAUGGGCGGGGGCACUGACGAUGAACAGGAUUUCCCCCGUGGCCCUCUCGCCGUCGACAUGGCGCCAGACAACCCCGGAACGCUCUCUGCCGAACAGUUCAACAGUCUUUCCUUUAACUAGCAUGAAGUCAGCACAGCCAGAGGCUUCAUGCCUCGCGAUGGGAAG